GGACGGGCGGCCUGCCGUACGUUUGUUAUACUUUGGCUAAUUGGCAAGAAACAAACGUAGCUGAUUUAAUGUUUAUGUGUCAGAUGUGGGCGAGCCGGUUUGCUGUUCAUGUAACAGGUGUCUGGGUUCAAGACAAAUUUACGGACCGUUAACCAUCGUAGACAAAAGUACAGUAGAUCUUGUGCCAAACGGGGGUAAGUGAUAAGCGAGAGGACCAGUAGAGCAUCACAGAAGACUUUCUGAUCAAGGGCAUCUGUAAGGUGCUGCCAGCCAUCUUCAAAGAUGACAGACUAUCUGACGAGCGGGUUCAGGACCCAGCUUACCGCAGCCAUGGACUCAGUCCUGCGGAGAGCUGUGUUUGAAAUAAUGAGGAUCUUUGAGACCAGCCUACAUGACCAUCAAAUGGAGCUGGUGCAGAAAGGAGAAGAGGUCGCUCAUCUUAGAAUAAAGUUACAGACAGCAGAGCUCAAGAGGAGAGAAUGUGAGUGUGGAGUUGACAGAGGAGUGGAGAUGAAUAAAACUCAGAUGAAUGAAACUCAGAGAGAGCCUGAAGUUGUUCUGAACCCCUCUGGACAAACGUCUGAUGUUCCUGAGAUUGAUUUUGAAGUGCCUGAUGACUGGUGUGCUCCCCUGGGCUGUGAGACUGUGACCAAGCAAGACGAUGGUGUGUGCCCCAGUAUAAGACUGCGCAAACUGUCGAUUCCUCUGUGGCCUAUUUCUGUCAUCAAGAGGGAGGUGGCCAACCAUGGCAUUAACUCCCACCAGCAAACAGAGGGUGUCAGGAGAUCCAGGAGAGGUUCCUCAUUAAACUGGAGGCAUAAACACACUCAGGACAAAAGCUUACCCAUCCAUGACCAAGGAACACGACUUAAACCAGUGAGAAAAGAUAUGAAAAAAAAGCUCCAAGACCUCAAAAAGGAAUAUUCAGACCAAACACGUGGUAUAGGUCUUAGAAGAAGAGGGAGAAAUUUAAAAGGAAAAGAGCAAGAAAAUACAGUGAAGAGCAGCAGAGAGGAAAGAAAAAUCACAGCAACUGAGCCUGAGCCUUCAGGACAGAAAACAGUGGAAAAUGAUGGUGAGAAGAGGUAUUCCUGCAAGUUUUGUAAGAAGGUAUUUGAUACUGCGUUUGGCCUAAGUGUGCAUGUACGAUCACACAAGAGGUGCCAAGGUUGCAAAAAAGAGUUCCCUUUUCCAAGUUCUCUCAGGUGUCAUAACACGUCUUGCAAAAAACUCAAGAAAUUGUUGGCCAAGGAAGUUCUGCAAACUAACCCUCCAAAACCUGAGUCCUGUGGUGAAGAAAAACUGACUCCACCAAGCAAAAAACAGGUGAUCAUUAAGAAGGAAAGCACACUUUCUUCUGGCAACCACAGUGAAUCAUUGAUCCAGAAGGAUGGAUCCACCAAAAAGCACCCCUGUGCAUACUGCAACAAGACGUUUCGUAUAUGCUGCAGGCUUAAGGAGCACAUGCGUAUUCAUACUGGUGAAAAACCGUAUCCUUGCAGCAUAUGCCCGAAGAAAUUCCGCAUUAAUCAGUCGCUCAAAAAACACAUAAUGAGAAUGCACCAGGACCAAAUGAAUUCCAGUGAAAAAAACCGAGACCUUGUGUGGACCAAGCCCUUAGAGGACACUGAGGAUAAUCGAGAUGAUUUGAUUUCUUCCAACAAAGAAACAAGUUGCACAAUCAACCGUAACAAUGUUAAGAGAGAACGCAGUCCAGACCUAAGGCCAAGUCAUAGAUGGCAAAUGAUGAGCAUACAAAGUUCUAAUGGUUUCAACUGCUCAUUGUGUGAGAAGUUUUUGAGAACCAAACGCCUGUUGAUUGAACAUGUUCGCAUCCACACAGGAGAGAGGCCUGUCAAAUGUGAAAAGUGUCCUAAAAGGUUUCGUACUUAUCAGCAGCUAUACAUGCACAAAAAAAGAUGCCGUUAUCCUGUGACAGUGAACCAGUGUGAGAAGUGUAAGAAGAAAUUUCCAUCACAAGAAACAUAUAAUAGGCAUGUGUCUGAUUGUCUAAAGGUGUGGCCUAAUGUCUGCAAGGUUUAAAAAAUAAAAAAAUAAAUGCUAGUAGCCAAUAGUACAUAAUAGUACAUAUUAAUAUGUACUAGUAUGAAUAACCACCUCAGUAGAAGCUGUAUAAAAAAUUGUACCUCUUAAAAAAA